UUCCGUGAUAUGCAGGUUUUCAUGACGAGCCAGCAACCCUUGAAAACUAUUAGCCGGAGAUAUCAAGAUCUCACCUUACAUUGACUCAUUCAUGCCAAAUGCUAGACACUUAUGAAAGCUUAGAAAAAUUGGCUAGCAUAAAAUGUCAGCCUUUCUGUUCUCAAUGUGAAAAUCUAAAUCGAUGAUUAAGCCUUCCAUUAAUUACCCAAACUUAGGUAGCAUACUUAAAUUUUCAAGUCACGUAGAUUCAAACACUUGCAUGCCUUCUGAAAUAGGCUUCUUGAAGUAACUCUCUGUAUACAAUCGAGUGCUUUAUGUCAUAAUACGCGUCAUAGCGGGUACAUCGUAAUAACUUUCGGGGCAAAAUGCAUUCAAUCAUGACAAGAUGUAGUACAUUAUUGACUCUCACUCUCACUGCGUAUACUGCAUUAAUGUUGUUUUGUUUUCUGUCUACUGUAAGCAUCAGACCAUCAGCUUCUGUUGAUAUCAACGUUGGUCGUGCGAUAGUCGAUCGAGCCGACGAUUACACUCUUCACAGCGGUCAUCAGAAUGAUUUGGGUUUAAUAACUAUUGAUUUAUCGUCUUCUUUAGAUCACCUGUUCAACUGGAAUGUAAAACAACUGUUUUUAUAUCUUUCUGCAGAAUACAAGUCCGCAGAUAACAAACUAAAUCAAGUUGUUUUGUGGGACAAAAUCAUUAAGCGUGGAUCAAAAGCUGAACUGGUUUACAAAAAAAUGACCUCAAAGUAUUAUUUUUGGGAUGAUGGCUACGGAUUAAUUGGCAAUGAUAAUGUCACCUUGACUUUGUCUUGGAAUACUGUUCCUAACAUUGGUUGGCUCACUUUCGAUACUGGUAAUGGUUACCACUCGUUUUCAUUUCCCAGUCAAUACGUCAAUAUUAAGUAGUGGAUUCCCCUAGCGUGAUUCACUGCAACCCCUGUAUUAUAAAAUGUUCGUAUGCUCGUUAGUAAUGACCAGCCAGAAUUGAUGUAAUUUUCUUUGUUAACAUAUGUAUUAAAACUAUCUUUUUUACAUUAUUUUGCUUAAAAACAUAAAUGUACGACACAUAUGCUGUCAACAUAUUAUGAAAUGUACAAUCCAGUUUUCGUUGAACUAGCCUCUUCGUAAUGACUAUCGUUUCACUGAGCCAGCAGCAGUGCUGGAUACGUAACAUGUGAUAAAUAAAAUGUUUGGGAAUGCCUU